CUGUAUUCCGCCACGAUUAAACCCAUCAGUUCUCCGAACUGCGUUCCUCCAUUUUUGAAGCGAGUUGUCUAACCUCCGCGGCGCGGGAAGUCAGUUCGCGGGCUCGCGCCGGUCCGCACUGGCCGCUUACAACGCGCGAAUAAAAAAAACAUAUUGUCUAUGGAAUAGUGCGUGAAAUUCGAAAAAUCGGUAGUGACGGACGAGAGUGACGGCUGUGGCGCCAAGUUCUCAGCGCUGAUCGUCUCCGACAAGUUCCAGGGGAAGCCUUUGCUGGCGCGCCACAGACUUGUCAACUCAGUUCUUCAGGGGGAGCUCAAGGAGAUACACGCGUUUACGCAGAAAACUCUCACUCCCGACCAGUGGAAGGCUCAACAAUAAUGUACUAGAAUUAAAUGAGAAUUUAAAAAGUAGUUUUUUUUUUAUUGAAAAUGUUGAGCGGCGAGAAUUUGUAUACCGUGAGUGUGUCGGCGCCGGGGAAGGUGAUCCUGCAUGGGGAACAUGCGGUGGUUUAUGGGAAAACUGCUAUCGCUGUCAGCCUCGGGUUGAGGAGUUCCAUCGUUAUAAAGGAAGUUAAAACCGUCGGAGAACCAGCGGUCUACAUCCACCUACCCUGCGUCGGUCUCCAGGAGACGAUACCCCUCAACCCCACCGUGAAGGCUCUCUUCAACCCGCAGCUCUGCCACGGCGUCACCGGCAAGUUCUCCUGGAAGAUACCAGGGCAUCUGGACCAUGACAAUCAUCUCAGGAAGGUCAAUGAGUUCCUGCAUCAGAUCAAGCCAAAUUUCGAUGAGCUGCCGAAUAACCAGAAGAAUUCUUUGAGGAGCUUCCUUUAUAUGUAUUCGGGGAUUUUUGGGAGUACGAAUUUGCAGGUGAAAUCCAUGGAUAUCUCCAUGGGCUCAGAGCUAACCAUAGGCGCUGGGACCGGCAGCUCCGCCUCUUUCGCAGUCUGCCUCGCGGGUGCGCUCUUACGGCUGAUGGCGCUGCGGGCGCGAGGCAGCUUCGAGCCCCCCGGUGAUUUUGAGCCGCGCGAGGCAGAAGCGAUUUCAGCUUGGGCGUAUAAUUGCGAGCGGAUCAUGCAUGGGACGCCUUCAGGCAUAGACAACGAGACCUGCACAUUCGGCUCCAUCGUCUCCUUCAAGAAGGGCACGAAAGCGCGCCACCUCGACAUCCGGUUGAACCUGCGAGUACUUCUCGUAGAUUCGCGCGUGAAUCGCGAAACGCACGCCCUGCUCGUAAAAGUCGCGGGCAUACGGCAAAGGAACACUGCGGCCGUGGACCACGUGAUGAACGCGCUGGACGACAUCGCACACACUGCCACGCAGGUUUUGGAAAAACUCGCUGGUGGCAAGUGUCCAGCUGACACGGACGCAGACUAUCAACACUUAGGAGAACUGUGGGACAUGAACCACUGUCUUUUGGCGGCGUUGGGCGUGUCACAUCCAGCCCUAGAAGCGAUCAGGAGCCAGGCGCGGGCCCGGAACCUUGCUUGCAAGCUCACGGGUGCAGGCGGCGGAGGCUACGCGAUGAUCCUCAUCCCGCCUUCAACUCCACGCACCACUGUGGACUCCCUGACGGGGCAGCUCCUCGAGAACGGCUUCCGCGUCACCGAGACCUGCCUCGGUGGCCCCGGCGUGCAGCUCGAGAUGUGACACAGAGAAAAAGGCUAAAGCUCUGGUACUAUACUGCUCUUAGAACUAUUUUAGCAGCGUCCGAAUAAGAAGCAAAGGAAAAGUUGACCAUGACCUGUUUUCCUUCGACUAAAAUCGUUAGUGCUACGCGGGUACAACACUGAUUCCAGCAGCGACCAGCCGUCUAACUAAAAGACAUGAAAAAGCUGUCAAUGCCGUGGUAACCUGGACUUAAGCUGUCAGUUUUACUUUGCUUCAAGACUCCUCCUAAACCGAUUUCAGCAGCGUCCGACUUAAAAACAAGGGCAAACUGUCUAUGACCUGUCGUUUCCUGGAUUAAUGCUGUCAGUCGUACUGUGGUACAAUGUUGCUCUUAAAUUAACUGCAGCAGCGUCCAAUUACAAGACAAAAGCGAUCGUUGGCAUGUCAAUCCCUGGUAUAAUACAGCUCCUAACGUCGUUACAACGGCGUCCGUCUCGAGAAGUAACAAAGCAUAAACGGAAUACCGAGCCUCCGUGUCGGUUAUAUUUGCCCGUGCAAUCUAACAUCUACGAAUAUGUUUUGCUAUGUCAUGUCAUAUAUAUAUUAGUUGGUAUUCGAUGCUAAAGGAAUGAAAAUUUUACAAAUUAUGAAAGAAAUGCAAAAAGUUGCAGAUUAUUGUUUUAUAAUCAAGGACUGGACGGUUGUAACAUAAAAGACAAUUUAGAGAAAUACGGACUAAUAGCUUAAUAAUGUGUGUGUUUUUAUACUGUGUGUUGGUGAUGGACAGAUGAAUAUUUUUAAUAAGUAGUGGUCUACUUAAUAUUGUAUGGGCGAUAUGUUUGUGAAAAAUGACAUACGUGGUUUUAAAAACACCAUUAAAUGUAUGAUGCUUAUGUAUGCUAGCGUUAAACGCAAGGCUAAUUAUAUGAGGAAACUGGCCUUAUUAACUUGACAAUUGUCAUCUACCAUUGAUAAUUCGUUGUCAUUUAACGGCCAUAUUUUUAGUGACCUUCGCUUUGGCCCCGGCUUCACCACGGUGACAAUAAAAUUGCCGCCUGAUACUGACAGUUCAACGUAUUAUCGCUGUAUCGAUGUCAUUUCUUUUCUUUACAGGAAUGUCACCCAGAAUUGUACAGGAAAUUGUCAGUCUCAGGUGUCAAUUGUGAAGUCGGUGAACGGCAACUGAAGUGUAUGAAAAUUGUCAUUGUCAGAUGACAAGUUGAGAAAGGCAAGAGACAAGAAAUACUGAAUAAAUGCACACGUAAAGGAUAAAAAGAAAGAGUUCAGUUGCCGUAUUAUGGAUGGCUUUAUCUACGUGAUAAAAUAACCGUCACUUUACACACACAGGAUUGAAAGUGACGGACACCGUUUUAUCACGCUGCACGUUGACGAGAACGACCAUCAUAUCCGUACAGAAUGUGUUGUGGUCUAAUGAUAAAAGACAAUAUUAGUAAUAUUACGAUAUUAUGAUUAAAGUUUAAUUUGUAUUAUACGCCAUCUCUGUUUAACUUAAAUCAAACCUAUAUUUUUGUUAAAUAUAGUUAGUUUAAUUUACGUUAAUCAGACUAUCAUCACUGUAUUACAGUGCAAGAUUCUCCAUACAAAAUACCUCAAUUCCAUACAGUAUUUUGAAUGAAUAGAUCUGUCAAUAAUUGAAGAUUAUUAUUGUAUAUUGAACUCUGUUAAAAGGUGAAUGUAACAUUUUGUGUAAU